AGCAUCAGUCCCAGUGCACAAGAGUUUGAAGGCGAGGAAGAGUAUCUGGAGAUCCUAGGGAUCACGCGAGAGCAAUCGGGCAAGUACGAAUGCAAAGCUGCCAACGAGGUUGCUUCAGCAGACGUCAAGCAAGUCCGGGUCACUGUGAACUACCCUCCCACCAUCACAGAGUCCAAGAGCAACGAAGCGGCCACGGGACGACAAGCCUUACUCCGGUGCGAGGCGUCAGCAGUGCCUACACCUGAUUUCGAGUGGUACAGAGAUGAUACCAGGAUAAACAGCGCCAAUGGUCUGGAGAUAAAGAGCACGGGGAGCCAGUCUCUGCUGAUGGUGGCCAACGUCACUGAGGAACACUACGGGAACUACACCUGCGUGGCUGCCAACAAGCUGGGUGUCACAAAUGCCAGCCUAUACCUUUACAAACGAGUUUUACCCACACUCCCCAAUCCUUUUCCAG